AUGCGUGCUGUAGUUUAUACCUCCGUUUUUGUUCUUUUACAGCUGACGUAUGCGUCGGCAAGGAUCAAUAUACCAUUCCGCUGCCAAGUUCUGGACUCGGAGUGUACAAAGGCCUUAGUUCAGAAUCUUGUUGUUCCUCUAUCUGAAACACUUGACCCCAUGUACAUUGAUUCUUUAAGAAUUAAUCAGGGAGGAUUUAACGGUGACUAUAGCAAUGUUACUGUAACUGGAGGAAGAAACGCUAUCAUCGAUAGUGCCGGAUUUGACCUCGGUAAACGAGAGAUUAUGAUGCAGUAUCAUACCGAUCUGAAGUUAAAAGGCAGAUAUAAGUCGAGUCCCAUAGAUGCGGGAACAGAUGUAUCGAUGUUCAUAAGAAAUCUUUAUGUAACACUUACAAUGCCUUAUGAAAUCAUCCAAACCGCUAAUAACAAUCGCUUUCUUAAUUUGAAGGCAUUCAAAUAUGAUUAUGAAAUCAGAGAUAACAUCCAAUCUCACAUAAGAGAUUUAUACUACCAAGCUUCCAACGGUGAAGGGUUUGCAGACACUGACCUACAGAACCUCAGAUUGAUUCCUAUUCAAUUGGGAAGAAAUAUGAUGGACAAAAUAAUGGUUAACGUGUUUGAGACUCUGAGAGCAUAUUUACUUUCCGAACAAUUAUUGAAUUUCUUCAUUUAUUAGGAAGCUACAUUGAUGAUACUGUUUAUGUUUUAAAUAUUAGACAUUUAUUAGAAACAAAUUUAUGAAA